AUGGGGUGGUUUGGAGGGUUGAUCAUUCAGCAAUCGCAGCAGGCCGCUCGCCACCUGUACGACUACUGUGUGCAGCUGGAGCUAGACCAGAGUACGCGCAAGAUGAAGAUGCCUUUAGACAAGUACACCGGAGAUCUGGAUGCGGCGGUAGGCUCCUGGGUUUUUCUUGAGAGCGUUAGUAAAUCGGGGAGGGUACGCAGCACCAACGUCACCCUUGUGGACCAAGAUGGUUGA